CAGCGAUUCCAGUGUGUCUGCAGGAAUCUGAAUAUCGCUGCAGCUCUGUCUGCUGUUAUUUUAUUUUUGGUUUUUAUUUGAACUGGGAAAAUGUCGGAUCAGGGAAAUGAGCAGCAGCCACAGGUAGAGGUGGUGGUGAAGGCAGAAGGUGAACAACCUUCUACCUCCAUUACCCCCCCUCCACCUCUGACUGCUACUCAGAGGCUGAAGAAGGAGGCAGAAGAGCAGCUCAAGCUGCAACAGGCCAGGGUAGCUGAAUUGGCACGACAGGAGGCUGCUGAGCUAGAGGCUGCAACAGAUCACUCCAGAAGGGAGUAUCUGUUGCAGCAGCUAGAGAGGUCACUUGCUGAUGACCGUUGUGCCCAGAUCACCAAGCAUAUGGCUGAGAUGAUCCUGCUGGAGCACAAGAUCACCAGCUCCCUGUUCACAAACUGGGAUGACUGUUUUGUGCGGUUGGAGCGUCGGGUUGACGAGCUGUCAGCUCAACAGUCCAAGAUCCUGGAUGCUAUCCAGGGCUUGUCUGCUCAGCUGGCAGCCGCCAAGCUGAUUACUCCUCAGCUCCCUCUGCUGCAACCCAAACCCUCUCCUCCUCCUUCACAACCUCCUUCCCCUCCUCCAUCCCAUGCUGGAUCUGCACAUUCCUCCCGGUCAUCUACCCCUUCCCUGAAGGCCUCAGUAAAGGCAACCUAUGCUGCUGUGACUGCAGCAGACAGAGGUCCCAAGAUCCCUGCUCCCAACAAGUUCAGGGGCGAUGACCCCAAGACUGAUGUUGGGGACUGGGCUGCUGGGACCAGAGCCUACUUGAGGGGCUUUGUCUGUGCAGAACAAACUAAGGUGGCAACUGUUUUGGGGCUGCUGGAAGGGUCUGCACUGAAGUGGGCCACCUCAACUUCCAGCAGUCUGCAGCAGUCCAUGGAGGAUUGGGCCUUUGGGUUGGGGGUAGACAGACUUCUGCAGGCCCUGGAGGACCGGUUUGCAGACAAGGAGCGGGCCCGCAAGGCUGCUGACAGGAUUGCUUGCCUGGGACAGCAGCGGUACAGCGGUACCCUACAGGCCUUGUUUGCUGAAUUCGAGCAGCUCACCUCCACCCCUGGGUUGGUCAUGGCACCUGAUGAUAUGUUGACCAGCUUUUGCAGGGCAGUGCCUGAGAAGUUCGUUGUUGCACUCUACAGCGCUGGGUACAAGGACUGGAGGUCCUUUGGUCGUCCUGGAAACGGAGGCCAAGCUCCAUAUGCCCCCCCUGUUUCCUGUCCUCCUGAGAUACAACAGGUGGUAGAUCAGUAUGCUGACCUGAUGCAGGAGCCCUUUGGACUUCCCAACCGGCCAACUAAGCAUCACAUCGAGCUGCUGCCUGGAGCGGUUCCUCCCACGGGCCGCAUCUACAGGAUGUCCCUUGCUGAGCUUGAGGAGCUCAGAAAGCAGCUUGAGACCCUGACCAGCAAAGGCUGGAUCAGACCCAACACAUCUGAAUUCGGUGCACCUGUGCUCUUUGUACCCAAAGGGAACGACGAGUUCAGGAUGUGUAUUGACUACAGGGGUCUCAACAAGAUCACUAGGAAGAGUACUGAGCCACUUCCUAGGAUCGAUGACCUCCUGGAUAUGGUGCAGGGCUGUACAGUGUUCAGCAAAGUCGAUCUCAAAUCUGGCUACCACCAGAUUGAGAUGGCAGAGGAGGAUGUCUAUAAGACAUCCUUCAAGACCAGGUAUGGGACUUACGAGUUCCUGGUCAUGCCAUUCGGACUUUGCAAUGCCCCAGGCACAUUCCAGACAGAGAUGCACCGCAUCUUCAGGCCUUACCUGGACAAGUUUAUGGUUGUCUACCUGGAUGAUAUCUUGGUAUUCAGCAAAACUGCCAGGGAACAUGCGGAGCACUUGGCUCUAGUUCUUCAGUCUUUACGUGACAGCCACUACAAGAUCAACAGAGAGAAGUCCUCUUUUGGGGUUCCCUCUGUCAUCUACCUGGGUCAUGUAAUCUCUGGAGAUGGCCUGGCUCCUGAAGCAGCCAAGAUUGUUGCUAUUCAGGAGUGGCCUCCGCCUCAGACAGUGAGGGAUGUCCGGUCCUUCAUGGGUUUGACCUCCUACUACAGAAAGUUUGUCAGGAACUUUUCUGCAGUGGCUGCACCCCUGACUAACCUCACAAAGAAGGACACACCCUUUCUUUGGUCCCUCCACUGUCAGCUGGCCUUCACACGACUCAAGAAGGCCUUGACUCGUGCGCCUGUACUAAAGUUACCUGUCCCCACUCUGCCAUUCAUCCUGACCACUGACGCCAGUCAGUAUGGCAUUGGGGCAGUUCUUCAGCAGGAUGAUGGGAAUGGUCUAUGGCCUGUAGAGUUUAUGAGUAAGAAGAUCAAGACUCAAAAGCUCUAGGACUCCACCUACGAGAAAGAGCUUUAUGCUCUUGUUUGUGUCCUGAAACAUUGGAAGCACUUCCUCCUGGGCAGGCACUUCAAGA